UCUCAUGUGGUAACAUCCAGCGCCGCUCGCUCUCCCCGCUCAGCACUGAACUCCAGGGAGGAAGACAGCGCAGCGCCGAGAGGAAGGUUCUGACCAGAGAGCAGAGCAUGGCAGCCAUGGAAGCUCUGGAGUCCUCCAGCGGCCUGAUGGAGCCGCACACCCUGACCGAGAUCUCCGACGACGAGGUCAACCUGCCGCCCUCCGACGACGAGGACGACGCCAAGAGGGAGGCGGCGGCCGCCGGCGCCGAGGGCGACGCCGCCGAGGAGAAGGCGGAGGAGGACAAGGGCGACCCGCAGGCCAACGGGGUCAUGGUGCUGUCCCUGCUGGACAAGAUCAUCGGGGCGGUGGACCAGAUCCAGCAGACCCAGAGCGGCCUGGAGGCCCGGCAGCAGGAGAUGGAGCGCUCGGUGGCCGGCAUCCAGGGCGAGCUGACCAAGCUGGCCAAGAGCCACAGCACCACCUCCAACAGCGUCAACAAGAUGAUGGAGAAGGUGCGCAAGGUCAGCGUCAACGUCAAGACGGUGCGCGCCACGCUGGAGAAGCAGGGCAGCCAGAUCAAGAAGCUGGAGAGCAACGAGGCCGAGCUGCUCAAGAGGCGCAACUUCAAAGUCAUGAUCUAUCAGGAUGAAGUGAAGCUUCCCUCGAAGCUCAGCGUCUCCAAGUCCAUGAAGGUGUCCGAGUCGGUGUCCGGGAGCCGAGGAGGGAGUCUGCUGGAGCUGAAGGAGGCGGCCGAGGAGGGCGGGGAGGACGGGGAGGCCGAGAAGGUGGACAGACCCCAGGUGGACCUCUCAUCGGACGAGGAGGGCCUGGAGAUCGAGGAGGUCCUGGAGGAGACCCGGGCGGAACGCAUCAAGCGCAGCAGCCUGCAGCGAGUCCAGAACCUGAAGACCGUCUUCUCCAAGGAGAAGAUGGACAAGACCAGAGCCAAGACCAAAGAGAACCUGGAGAAGACCAGACAGAAAACCAAGGAGAACAUCGAGAAGACCAAGCAGAAGACUAAAGAGAACCUGGAGAAGACCCGGCAAAAAACCAAGGAGAACCUCGAGAAGACCAAGCAGAAGACCAAAGAGAACCUGGAGAAGACCCGCCACAACAUCGAGAAGAAGAUGGGGAAGCUGGGAACUCGCAUGAGCGUCAACGCCGAGAAGAAGCAGAAGAUGAAGACCUCCGGCGACAGGGUGAAGAAGGCCUUCACACCGGACCACGUGGUCUACGCCCGCUCCAAGACCGCCGUCUACACUGUGCCCCCCUUCACCUUCAAGGUCAAGAAGAUCCGCGAGGGGGCCGUGGAGGUGGUGCAGGGCACCGAGAUGGUGGAGGUGUCGCCGGACGCCGGGGUGGAGGCGGAGCUGGAGGAGGGGGCGGAGGAGGUGGAGAUGGAGAUGAUGAACGGAGGCGGGGAGGAAGAGGAGGAAGAGGAGGAGGAGGAGGAGGACAGCCACGAGGCGCUGCAGGAGGACGGAGACAGAGACAGAGACAGCGACUGAGCCAGACCCCGCCCCCGCCCCCGCCCUCAGCUGUCCCUCCUUCAAUCCAGCAGGAGAGGCUAGAAGAGCCCGGAUGUUGAGGACCACUUCCUGAAACCAUCCCUCCCUCCUCCCGGUUCAGACGGACCGGGUCUCAUCACAGGCUGCUCCACCCAGCAGAACCCAACCAACACUGACUGCACCAUCUGGAGACAACACCACAGAAGAAGAACCAGGCCGGGAGGACUCCCCAGAACAGCAGCAGACCGUCGCAGUACCCGAUGAGGUCUGUCCUCUGAUCCACCUCAGCAAAGCCCUGGUUCUGAAACCUGACUGUGGGUUUGUUUCCAUCUGGUCGGACCGUCACAUCCUGAGUCAGGUUCAACUCAGAAAACUCACUGAAGACCCACCAGAACCACCAGAACCGCCAGAACCACCAGAACCGCCAGAACCACAAAGCUAGGUCUUCUUUACAGCAAUCAGCCACAUCAGGAGACCUGAAUGACCCCUGACCUCCGGUAGCCAUCUGUUAGCUAACACGCCUUCAUGAAGACGCCACACCCUACAUGCUAACGAUGCUAACACGCUACAGAAGGCAAGGCCUCGUAUCCACGACAACGUUUCGAGUGAGAACAUGUCGCUGUUGUUUUUUUGAUUGAAAAGUUUCCCGUUUGCACUACAGCAGCGUGAAAACGUUAGCGUGACGUUAGCGUGACGUUAGCGUGACGUUAGCGUGACGUUAGCGUGACGUUAGCGAGUUGGGCCGUAUGUUCGACACCCCUGCUCGUUAGCACUGAGCUGUGAAGAGAGAAGAAACGUUCUAGAAGAAACGUUGAGGAGAACUGAUGCUCUGUGUGAGAGGAAGCAGGCAGGUCGGGGGCUGAAGCCUUUUGGUUCGGGGGGAGGACAAGAGAGGAUGUUCUAGACCAGGGGUGUCAAACAUAAGGCCUGUGGGCCAAAACUGGACUGCAAGAUACUCUAAUCUGCCCAAAACACCAAGAAAAUGAUAAAACCUUCAAUUAAAAUAUAUAUAUUUUUAAUUUCUUUCUUCAGAGCUGGCAAGCUGCCCGCUUACCGUCAAACUAGCCUCAGAGCCAUGCUGUCAAAAAUACCCAGAAUGCAACAGCGAGAGAGGUUUAGAUCACAUUGGCCUGGAUUGGUCAUAAUUUAAACAGGCUUUUUGCUGAGACUGGAGUCAUUUUCUGUAAAAAUGGUUUGGUUUAGUGUGAAUAUCGACAUUUCCAUCAUAUAUUCUCUGCUCCAGAAGAGAAACGCUUUAAAGUUUAACUUCAGAGGUUAAUCUGCUGCACUCAGGAUGGAACUGGACUAAACAUUCAGUGGGAUUGAAGAGAUGGAAACGACCUCUCAGCUGGUUUUAUUUCUGUUAUUUGAAGACUUCCUGUGAUGAUUUUCCCGUCUCCGAUAAGAAACCUGAUUUCUGAAUCCUCUGCGUUCUUCUUCCAGCUUCGUGUUGUAGAACGGUCACGUUCCCCGCCUCCGCUCCGCGCUCUAGAAGUACUGAAGUGUUAUCUCGCUUUACUGACACCAUGUAGAAGCACCGCCGCCCCGUCCUCAGAAUUAACCAGUGUUUGUGUAUGAUUUUGUACGUGAGCCCGCUGUAUUCCUCACUCGCUGUUUUCCUGUUGCUAAAUGAUGAUCGGUGGCCGUGAAGGCGACCUCUGACCUCCUCCACACAUUCAUCAGUCCAGUAUGAGAAAGGAGAGUGUUAGACAGCAGGUCAAAGGUCAUCAGAGGACCUGCUGGUUCUGUACAUAAUGUGAAGCAUCCUGAUGUCCUGCCCGGGUCCCUCGUGAGACGGGCUCCACGCCGCCGUGCGUCCCUCGUGAUACGGGCUCCACGCCGCCGUGCCUCCCUCGUGAGACGGGCUCCACGCCGCCGUGCGUCCCUCGUGAUACGGGCUCCACGCCGCCGUGCGUCCCUCGUGAGACGGGCUCCACGCCGCCGCUCUGCUCUGUAGCUGAAUCCUGUAUCGUUUGGCUUCAUGUUGCUUUAAACCACUAAUGAAUAAAAGCUCCUUGG